UGGACGCGGUGGCUGUCGAAGAACGAGCGGCUGCGCCACGCGGCCGAGCAGAUGGCCCGCCGGAAGCAGAAUAACCAGUUGCGGCUCGAGGAGUUUCGGGCUCUGCUGGACGUGAUUCUCCAGGACAAGCUGGGCUUUGAAGUGGCCUCCUACGUGGGAGCCUUCAUGCUCACGCACAACGUUGCGCCGAACAGCCAUUUUUUUUCGAUCUAUUGCCUGAUCUUCUCGCGCGAUCCGAGCCUGGAAGGUUACGAGAAGGUAUUCGUAUUUUUAUUUCUGAAUACACUCGGGCGCUCAAUCGCUUCGUUCCGGAAACUACAUUUCGACACUUUCAUGUGUUCUCUAUAAAAAUAAAUUUUUGAAAUUUCGCGGAUUUUCAUCUACAAAAAAAAUGAAACUUUAAUAUUUCGCGGCUUGUUACGUGGAACAAAGUAUGAUAGACUCCAUAUCACACGAUUACAACAUGCAUACAUAGUUAAUGAUUUGCAUUUUCUUUGGAUUUCAAAUAUUCUUGCAAUAAAAAUAAAAUUUUAAAAUUUCGCGGAUCAGCGAAAUCGAGAAGACGUGAGCUGAGCUCUCGUAGACCACGCACCAUCGUGCAAACGGUGCAUGCCGGCGUCGUACGCCCGCACUUCACCAUCAUACCGUACCCACACGCCCACAUUUUCCAACUAAAUGUACCCAGGUGUCGCAAAUGUUCCAGUACGUGCGCCCGCUGAACGCGCACACGUUUGCAAGUUUGAUUCGGUGCCACGGGGCGCUCCACGAUUCGAUCAGCGCUGUGCGUAUCAAGUGUAAAAAUGUCUGGGUCUGGAAGAAUGCGCGAUUUGUCAUGCUUCUCUGGCAUGACUCUUGAACUUAAACCUGUCAUGCAGGUUACCCAAGAGCCCCAAUUUCCUGUCCUGCAAAAACGCAGUUUGUCAUGCAGAAUAGGCAACACCUAGAAGCUCAGCAACUUGUCAUGCUGAGCCAGCGCUUAUGGCUUCCUCAUGAUACGCGACCCAGCGUCACAAGUUUCCAGGAGACCCAGACAUUUUUACAUUUGAUAGUGCGAGUGUUGAAGCAUUUUCGGGAGAUUCUCCACACCAUGUCCGCGAACGACUUGAAGUACCGUUUCACCGUGUACCAGGCGGCCCACGACGUCUGCCUGCGCAGCGAGUGGUCUCACCAGGUGCAGAAGUGGAUCGCGGAAGACCAGGUCACGGGCGUCGACGGUGGCAGAAAGCCGCCGCCGCCAGAAGGCCUGCCGAAAAUUUACCUUCGUGACGAGCGCCCGGCAGUAUAAUUGAAACGGAUCUUCUUGCCUACUACGUACUGUUUGUGUAGUGCAGGCGAGCUGCUGCAGCCCAUUAUCCAAGUUGCGCUGGAGUUGGGAUGAUCGAUGAUGCGUACUAAAUCUAAAACUUCUAUAUUUUCUGCGUUGAUGAAUAAAAGAAAAAUACUUCGUCCACUGAGCCAUCUCGCUCCUUAGGUUUCGACGUCGGAAGCCUUGAGUCAGGGGCUGAUGCAGAACUGCAACGGGCCGCAGCAGGUGGGCGCCCGCGCGACCUCGCUGAACACCAUUACCAACACCAACUUUACCGGCGGCCGCGGGGGGCCGCAGCAGCAGGCGAUGAAUGCGUCGAACAAGCACUCGCAGUCUUUCAACUCCCUGGCAAGCGCGAACCGCUCCACAACGAUGAACUCUUUCGGGACAAGCACGUUCGGGGCGGUGGACUCCCAGGACUUUCAGCAGCUCUUAUACAGUCAGAAUUCGUCGGCAGUAACGCCCCACCAGCAUCAAUCUAGUGCCGCGGCUUCGCUGUUUGAGCAGCAGUACAACCAACAGCAGCUGCUGGCUGCCAGCACUUCCGGUGCGAACACGACCGCCGGCGCCGCGUCGGCGCAUCAAGGCGGGGCCAGUACCGGCAACGGGCUGCAUCUGAUGCAGAAUCACUUCAGUGGUCAACACCAUCAAUCGAGUGAUCUGCACCACUUGGGGGCAGCUGGUCCUGCGGCGCAACAGCAGCAGCACCACCAGCCGGCCAUGCACAACCAGCACCAGAGUGCGACGGCAGCAGCGGCCCACCAGCAGCAGCAUCACCACCACCAGCAUCAACACGGGACUAUUCAGCACAGUUUUGUUGCUGUUGCCGCAAACUCACCACACCAAGACCACCAGAUGCACUCGACUUCGGGCGGUGGCGGGCAUGGGCACCAACAUCACCAGCACCACAACUACAACAGCAGUUGUGCGACCCAGUACGGUACUUCCACGACGCCCGGAGCUGCGGGCGGAGCGUCGACCAAUGCCGGCGCGGCACAGCACUAUGCCCAAAUGGGAACCAUGCCGACCGCUGACCACAGCAACUACAACGCGUCGCCGUUGUCCGAUUCUUACGCUAACAGCUACCAGGAGCUUGUUCACCAGCAUGCAUUGUACAUCUCCGGUGCCAGUGCAGCCGGUGCUGUCGCAGCUAUGGCGGCCGCCACCGCGCCGGGUGCUGGAGCGCCGCACCAAGCUCUGCAUGGUGCUCAAAGCAACCACCAGAAUCACGUUGGCUUUGCAGGCGGCAACGCGAGUACGCCGGGCGGCGUAGUAGACCACCCGUCUUCGCAGCCGGAACUGACGCAGCAACAGUCGUCGUUUUACGGAACAACAAACUCAGGCGCAACAAAUGCCAAUGCGAGUGGAGCGGCUGCUGCGACGCUGCAGCACCACGAUCAUCAGCACGGCCAGCAACUUCUCCACGAACUUGCGGAUCAACACAGUGUUCUGCAGCAUUACAAUGCAGCUAUGCAGGCGGCUUUGUCCACGUCACCCGCACCACAUGAUCAGUUGGGGACGAGCGCGCAUUUGACGAGCAUCAGUCAAGACCACUAUCAGGCCGCGCAUCACCUCGCCGCUGUCAGCACGGGUGGAGGCGAGAACCACACUACCUUGUUGCGUGAAGAUCAUCAUAGCACGAUGCAAGGUCAGCACCCCGUGCAGUUGCUAUCCCCGGUGCUACAGCAGCACCAUCACGAGUCCUCCACCGAGGCUGGGGCUUACCACCAGCUCCCGAUGACGCACGCGGCCACGGAUCCGAACCUUGUCGCGCACUCGUAUUCCAUCGCGGAUCCUCCAGUCAAUCUCUCCAUGAGCAUGUCGGCCAGAAAGUCGCCGAAGAAAACUCCGACGCGUUCGCCGCCUGGCAUCACUUUGCUGGAGACCGACGACCCCACGCAUCUACCGGACCACCCUCCGCCGGCUUUGGCGAGCACCAUGACGUGGCCAACGGGCGAUGGCUUUCUGGCCGCACAAGGGACAGCGUAAGACGCCUUGAUGGAUCUUUUUUUUUUUUGGUUUUUUCCUCUUUACUUAUGGCGCCGGCUCCGCUAGCGCGUCUACUCCCUUGCUUUGAUAGCAGACGACAGUCGUAUUAAUAUCUUCACUGGGAUCCAAGUAGAAGUAGGAGAUGUUCAAAGCAAAAUUGCUGUUCAAGGCAGUCAAAAAUGCUGUCGAUGUCAAUAACAACUGGAGCGAACGCGAUCCAUCGACUCACACUGGAUACUGACGUCGCAACUUUUUUUAGGACUUUUAUCGCACCAUCAAAACAACCGGCACAGGAGCGCUAGCACGUCAAAUGAAGGAGGUGCGGAGGAGGAACACACAAGUGGCUUGCGCUCGAAGAGCGCGGCUGUCGCCUACUACGAGCACAGUGGAAAGGAGUUGCAGACUCCCAGUACCGGCGGCAUGCAACGCGUGGUCACAGAUGUUGUUUCUUAGUGAUAACAUCGCAGAGUAGAGCUUCGCUUCGAAGACUUUCGUUUUGAAACGAAGUGUAGACUGAUGAUGCGCCAAACGCUAUACAAAAACAAAAAAAAACAAAUGUUUGAAAAAAAAGCGAGCGCACGUGCAGGACAGUUGAGAAAACUAUUUCGAAAAUUUAAAUUUUAGGUUUCCGCCAAUGACGCACCAUUGCAGCCCGGUACGAAAAGAACAGAAAUGGCAACCAGCGACGUGGUCAGUUCCACCGAUUCUUGCCAUGUAAUGGAUGAAAUAAUAUAGUCUUAUUUAUCAUGUGAUUUACAAUUUGAAUUUUGGCAAACCAGAUAAUGAUUGGUGAGGGCAAUUUGCGAUGCAGUGUGGCGCUCACCAAAAAUAUCUCUAUUAAUUUGAUGAAGAUGAUGGUUUGCCGUAUCUGUAUCAUGAUCGCAACAGCACCACCCUUGUCGUGUACCUUUUUGUGCUUUAAGUAUCGAUUUGCAAUUUGACUCAGUUGGUUGUACUCUUUUUGGCUGCGAUACAGGGUGAGAACCGAAUUCCGCCAAUCUAUGUGGGUAAACUAGCACGACAUUGAGUCAUCGAGUCAAGGUUCGUGGUCUUCGUAGAUGCGCGCGUUUUUGCUCGACCAUGAUGUUGAAACAAGCAUCUUUUUCAAAUGUAUGAACGGAACUCAGGCCUUCUCCAAAAGCAGGGAUGCUGAUCUAGUUGUCACUAUGCAUAGGUGGAGCCAGUCCGACUUACAUCAACAUCUGACUCCGAGUACACGCAAAGAUAAAAAAAAAAUGGGACUUGCAGACUUCUGCUCGAUAUGAUUGACAUUGUCGUUUUUCUCUGCAUACCUCGCCGACGCAUCGUCCACCGCCGUCACCGCACAAGUUCGUGAAAAAAGUGCAUCAAUGACGAGGUCGUUUGCUGCACGACGGACCACGAAGCUGCAGCAUUAAGACUGACAUGAAGAGCACAGGAGAUGAAUCGCACCAUUUUUUAGAACCUCACGAACAUCACUUCAGGUGGUAGCCAAAACCAUAAACGAGGGUGCAAUUAUCGAACGAAUUAUAUCGCUGCCGAUGUGGAAAACUAUCUAUUUUGAAGAAUUUUGUGGCUUCAUGUGGUCAUUGCAGCUCGAGAUGAGCGUAGCGCGGCCACCAGCAUAGCAGCCACUUACUUAACUAAAUAAUAGUAAGCACGACCGAUGCAGCGAGCUGCCAAGAAUAAAGAACAAAAAAUAGUAGAGAUGAGGUUAUCAUAAGUAAUUAUAUCCAGUUUAGCUGCCGUUUCCGCUCUUACACAUUCGUUUCGGAAUAGUAAUAGAAGUGCCACAGAAUUCGGCUUCCAUUAAACAAGAAGUUGGGAAACAGCUCCUUUUUCCUGGGUGGCUCAACCUCAACUACGGAUACCGUUUCGAUUUGCCGUGAAUAUGAAGAAUAACCUUUUUACACAAAUAAUAUUCACACAUAAUAAUUAGAGACUUAAAUCCACCUGAUAAUAACAUUUUAUCAUGGUUCAUCUUGCAGUGAACAUGAGUAUGAGUUGUAUCUUUGGGAUAAUAAAGAAUUAAGACUUCGUGAGCUCCUACGUCUUGCAAGAAAGAAGAAAUCGGGCGUGCUUUGACUAAAUCUAAAUGAGAGAACUUCGAAAAGAAAGUAGUGAUAGUAUUGAACAAAAACAACCAGUGAUGAAGUUGUUGUAGCUAAACCAUAGUAAGUUUUAGAAUCAGUAUGGGGAUACGGAAUCAAUCUGAAAUAAACAAAACACAUUUAGUGAGCAGUAACAGGAACAACUCGAGUACAGGACAAUCGCCGCGUUGCAGUGGAUUGCAAAAAAUUUCGCAGGGUAGCAGAAACAAUACCAAUAGAAACUAGCGUGUGCGCGGAGCUCCUCUGGCCCAGUCACACAAACUUUACUGGAGGAAGCAACAUAUUUAUCGAUGAACUGAAAUAUACAAGCGCUUAAUAUAGUCUUUGUCUUUCAACAUGCAUCAACGACUAGUACUAGAGAGAAAAUUAGUGAUCCGAAGUUGUAACCUCCAUUUCGCUGCAUUACUACCACGGAUUAACAUUCGUUUCAAAUUCAAUUUGUUGAAUACAGCUUCACCAAGUAAACACUACUCUUUGUUUUCUCGCUGAUUCUGUGGUCUAAAACUCGUCUACAGAUGGCUAUUUCCAAACAAAACAGCUAUGCAAGUGCAACCAGGCGAAGGAU